GCUUUAGAUUCAGUAUCAACCAGCUGCAGUGAGGGUUGUUUGUCCUCCACACAGAGGACAAAAUGAAGAAAGACGAUUCUUUGGCGGGGGACUGCAGACGGCGAGUCUCUUUUAAGGAAGAUGAUUUCCGCCAGAGAACUGGAUCUGUGGCCUCCAGUCCAGAACAUGACUAUGACAACAUAAUAAAACCCUGCCCUACCCUGUUUGGAAAAUACAGCCAGAGCCUUCAGACCCUCAAACCCUUCCGCUGGUCCUCAUCUCAGUCCCACCCUUUGGACAAAGCAGGUUUGCUGUCCUUUUCAACCUUUGCUUGGAUGACUCCCAUGAUGUGGGCCUUGUUCAGGAAUAAGCUGGACAUGAGCUCUGUCAACCUGUCUCCUUUGGAUGUAGCCGACACCAGCGGAGAAAGGCUCCACAGACUCUGGGGGGAAGAAGUAGCAAAGGUGGGCCUGGAGAAGGCCUCUGUGGUCCGAGUAUUCCUCCGCUUUCAAAGAACCAGGCUGAUUCUGUCCGUCAUUGUUGGCGUCCUUGUCAUGGUUGCAGCAUUUCUGGGCCCGGCUGUUCUGGUCUAUGAGAUCCUGAACUAUGCUGAGGACCCAACGAAGUCCACAGUAACCUACGGUGUUGGUCUAUCCGUCGCAUUGUUUGCCUCAGAGUUCUCCAAAGCCUUCCUGAUUUCCUUGUUGUGGGCGUUAAACCUGCGCACUGCAGUCAGACUGAAGGGAGCCUUCUCUUCAGUGGCGUUUCAGAAAGUGAUCUCUCUGCGUCUGCACAGCGGCAUUUCAAUGGGAGAGUUGAUUGGUGUUCUGACCAACGAUGGCCACAAAUUAUUCGAGGCAGCAUUGUUUGGAAGCUUCGUGCUGUCCACCCCAGUGCUUUUUAUUGUGUGUAUUGUCUAUGCCUGCUACAUUCUGGGCUACACAGCACUAACUGGAGUCUGCACCUACAUCAUCUUUAUCCCAGUACAGUUUGGCUUGGCCAAUCUCAUUAACGCAUUCAGAUGGAAAACCGUAUUGAUAACAGACAGCCGUGUUCGUACAAUGAAUGAGAUUCUCAACAGUAUCAAGUUAAUCAAGAUGUACGCCUGGGAAGAUUCCUUUGAAAAGAAGAUUGCAGUAUUCCGGAAAAAUGAGAAGAAAGAACUACUGAAGGUCAGUUACGUCCAGAACAUCAAUACCAGCAUCACCAGCAUCAUCCCCACCCUUGCCACCGUUCUAACUUUCAUUGUACAUACGUCGUUGAGCUUGAAACUCAACACAUCUGAAGCCUUCACCACCAUCGCCAUUUUCAACUCCUUGAGGUUCUGCUUGGCUCUUAUGCCCCUGUCGGCGAAGGUCCUGGCUGAGGCUUCUGUUUCAUUAAAACGACUGAGGAAAAUAUUGCUGAUCCAGAAUCCAGAGCCCUACCUGAUUCAGAGAAAAGACAGUGAUGCAGCCAUAGUGAUGAAAAAUGCUACACUUUCCUGGACCAAACCAUCCAACCAGCCAGACACCCCACCUAUCUCAGCCAAUGGGGAGACAAGACACAAAAAGGAGGAGACUGAAACCUUGCCAACCCUGAGAAACAUCUCCUUCACACUGCCUAAGGGUAACCUGCUUGGUGUCUGUGGGAACGUGGGAAGUGGAAAGACGUCACUGAUUUCCAGCAUUUUGGAACAGAUGCACCUUCUGCAGGGCUCCCUCACAGCUGAAGGGGCAUUUGCCUAUGUUUCCCAGCAGGCGUGGAUAUUUCAUGGGACUGUUCAAGAAAACAUUCUGAUGGGGGAACCUUUUGACCAGUCCAAAUACAACAGAGUUGUGGAUGUCUGCAGCCUCAGAGCUGACCUGGAUAUACUCCCAUAUGGUGAUCAAACUGAGAUCGGAGAGCGAGGGCUGAAUCUUUCAGGGGGACAGAAGCAGAGGAUCAGCCUGGCCAGAGCUGUCUACUCCAAUAAGGACAUCUUCCUCCUUGAUGAUCCACUGUCUGCCGUCGAUGCCCAUGUGGGGAAACACAUCUUUGAAGAAUGCAUUAAGAAGGAGCUCCAGGGAAAAUCCAUCAUACUGAUUACUCACCAGCUCCAGUAUUUGGAGUUCUGUGAUGACAUUAUGCUUUUGGAUGAUGGCGAGGUGCAGGAGGCUGGAAACCACCAGGCCCUGAUGAAAGCCAAUGCACGCUACGCUCAGCUCAUCAGCAACUACCAGAUGGAGCAGUCCGAGACUCCGAAUGAGGAGGAGGAAGUGUCUCCCCAAGACACUGACCAGCUGAGAAACACUGAGCCAAUAGAAAGCACCCACAUAGGGUUAGUGAACCCAGCAUUUGACAUGUCGGACGAAAAGGAUGAUGGAACGACAGCUGACCAAAUAUCACCUGUUGCUGAUCAGCUGGUCAUUCAGGAGUCCACCACAGAAGGUGCCGUCUCCUGGAGAGUCUACCAGCAAUACUGCAAGGCAGCUGGAGGCUACAUAGUAAGCUUCCUAACCGUCCUGAACAUCAUCCUGAUGAUUGGAUCCACAGCCUUCAGCAACUGGUGGCUCAGCUUCUGGCUGGGGGCGGGUGACGGGUCAUCCAAUAUCACUGCUUCAAACCCAGGCGACAUCUCAAAAAACCCAGACCUGCAAUUUUACCAAAUUAUUUAUGCCGUGAUGUUGGUCGUCAUGGUGACACUUGCCCUCAUCAAAUGCUUCUCCUACACUUGGGUGACCUUGAAUGCGGCCACCAAACUCCACGAUACCAUGUUCAAGAAGAUUUUCUCCAGUCCCAUGAGUUUCUUCGACACGACGCCAGCUGGCCGCAUUCUCAACCGCUUCUCCAAAGAUCAGGAGGAGGUGGACACUGUCCUUCCCCUGCAUAUGGACCCUUUCUUGCAGUUUACUCUGCUGGUCCUCUUCACCAUUAUCACCAUCUCUGCAGUCUUCCCCCCGAUGCUGGUAGCUGUGGUUAUCAUGGGAGCUUUGUUCAUCCUCAUUCUCUUUAUCUUCCAGAGGAGUAUCCGUCAGAUGAAGAGGAUGGAGAACAUCAGUCGUUCUCCCUGCAUCUCUCUUACCACCUCCACCCUGCAGGGCCUGAGCACCAUCCAUGCCUACAACAUAAGAGACAGACACAUACAACUGUUCAAGUUACUGAAUGACAUCAACUCCAACCACUAUUUAAUGUUUCAUUCUGGGACACGCUGGCUCUCCUUCUGCCUGGACUCCAUGGCUUCGGCCAUGACCUUGUUGGUUGCUCUCUUUGUAGUGCUCAGCGGUAAUGACGUCAUUAGUUCGUCUUUGAAAGGCUUGGCCUUGUCCUACACCAUACAGCUGACAGGAUUGCUUCAAUAUACAGUGAGGCAGGCGACGGAGGUGGAGGCAAGAUUCAACUCAGUGGAGCGGCUGCAGGAAUACAUCACGGGUUGUAAGUCUGAGGCCCCCAGGCACAUAAAGGAUGUCCAAGUCCCAGAGGACUGGCCGAAGAGCGGAACCAUCACCUUCAAGGACUAUAAGAUGAGGUACAGAGAGAAUACACCAAUUGUCCUGAACGGACUCAACUUUAUCAUCAGAGCCGGAGAGAAGCUGGGCAUUGUGGGAAGGACAGGCUCUGGGAAGUCCUCUCUAGGCGUGGCUCUGUUCAGGCUGGUUGAGCCAGCAGCAGGAACCAUCCUGAUAGAUGGCGUGGACAUCAUGGCCAUUGGUCUCCAGGAUCUGCGCAGCAAAUUGUCGAUCAUCCCCCAGGAUCCGGUGCUUUUUAUUGGCACAGUCAGGUACAACUUAGACCCUUUCGAUAACUUCGGUGAUGAGGAGAUCUGGGCGGCGCUGGAGAAGACCUACAUGAAGGACUCAAUAACCAGAUUGGAGGGAAAACUACAGGCACCGGUGCUGGAGAAUGGAGAGAACUUCUCUGUAGGAGAAAGACAACUCAUGUGUAUGGCUAGAGCACUACUUCGCAAUUCCAAGAUCAUUCUUUUGGAUGAGGCAACAGCAUCCAUAGAUGCAGAGACAGACGCCUUGAUCCAGAACACCAUCAAAGAAGCCUUCAAGGACUGCACCAUGCUCACCAUCGCCCAUCGUAUCAACACUGUGUUGCACGCAGAUCGUAUACUGGUCAUGGACAACGGCGAGGUGGCCGAGUUAGACGAUCCAGAUGUGCUGAAGCAAAGACCAGACUCUCUGUUCUCCUCACUGCUCGCUUCUGCUAACACUGUGAACUCCUGAACCACAGAGGCCCUAUUGCACCACUACACAAUUAUAAAUUUAACACACACUAUUCAUUUACACAAUCAUAUCUCAAUCAUUCCUGUCAUAUUGUAAUCUGGACCAGUGUGGUUUUAUCAUUGUGACUGAGCAGCAGAGAUGGGGUCCAACAUUUAUGGAGAAAAAGACUUAUGUUAGGAUUUAUGUUUUUCACCCUACAAAGUGUGUAAAUAGUGAUGUAUUUAUCUCCACUGUCUGCUGAAACAAAUGCAUUGACAAUGUUUUUUCAUAGGAUUUUUGUAGAAGCAGAUUUUAAUGUAUAUUUAAAACAUAUUAUUUAUUGAUUUUCUAUGACUUUGUUUGCUGCCACUUUGCAAAACUUCUGCGUGAAGUUUUAAUCUGCUAGGUGAAUAUGCACUACAUAUGCAAUUGCACAGGGGCCCUGAGGGACAAAACACAACAGCACUUACUUUGCAAGACUAAAACAGAUAAAUGUAGGUUCCUUGUGGCCAAUGAUUCCUUGUCAGUAGUACAACUACUUCUUUCUCAAAUGUUCUGUGUCAUCAUGUUUGUGAAAUAGUUUUGUGUUUCGCUAAAUGUUGUUUUGACUGUGAGGCACACCUGCAAUAUAUUUUGAAACAUCCAUCGCAUUUCAUAAGAAAAUAGGAUAUGUACGGUUUUUCCGUUGUAUAUAGACAAUUUCGCUGCUGGC